AUGAUCAUCACUGGUCCGACUCAUGCCAACAUACAGACUGUCAGACAACGUCUCCUGAGUGUAUUUGAUAUGAAGGACUUGGGUCCUCUCCGUUACUUCUUGGGCAUUGAAGUUGCUUCUUUCCCUAAGAGUUAUCUUCUUUCUCAGUCCAAGUAUGCCAAUGAGGUUGUCCAUCGUGCCGGGUUGACGGAUGAUCGUGUUGUUGCCACUCCAGUCGAGUUAAAUGUCAAGCUUUCUGCUUCUGAUGGUGCUCCUUUGGAUGAUCCUACUCUAUAUCGUGAGUUGGUUGGUUGUUUGGUUUAUCUCACCGUGACUUGCCCCGAUAUUGCAUAUGUUGUCCAUGUUGUUAAUCAGUUAGUCUCUGCUCCCCGGACUACACACUGGACUGCUCUACUUUGUAUUUUGCGUUAUAUACGAGGUACAAUCUUUCAUAGUUUGUUGCUUUCUUCUACAUUCUCUCUGGAACUACGUGCCUAUGCUGAUGCUGAUUGGGCUGGUGACGUCAAUGAUCGUAAAUCCACUACUAGCUUUUGUUUAUUUUUAGGUGAUUCACUUAUUUCCUGGAAGAGUAAGAAACAAAGUGUUAUUGCUCGAUCUUCUGCGGAAGCUGAAUAUCGUGCUAUGGCACAUGCUACUGCUGAGAUUGUUUGGCUUCGUUGGCUUCUUUUUGACAUGGGUGUUUUUCUUUUUUCCUCCACUCCUCUGUAUUGUGACAACAGAAGUGCUAUUCAGAUUGCCCAUAAUUCUAUUUUUCACGAGCGGACAAAGCUUAUAGAGAUUGAUUGUCAUUUUGUUCGCCAACAUCUUUAGUCUGGCACUAUCACCUUGCCCUUUAUUUCGUCCUCUUUUCAGUUGGCUGAUUUCUUUACAAAGGCUCACACAACUACGCGUUUCGCAUAUUUACUUGACAAACUCACGCUGUUCUCUGCUGUCACAUCCUGAGU